AUGUUAGAUGGUAUGGAAGAAUGCCGGCGUAAUAUUCAAUGGCUAAACAAUGAGAUAAAUGCACCACCCGGAACACCACCUACAAAAUAUGUCCCUGCUGAUAAUUUGGCGAUGAUGGCCAUGGGGAUGAAACCACGAGUUCAGAGUAUACGAGACAGGGCAAAAGCCGAUAAGGAGUGGGAUAAGCGACAGGCUAAGAGGUUAAAGGAGGCAGAUUUAAAGAGAGAAUUAGCUGAAAAAGAAGCUAUCAAGAAGAAAAAGAAGGCGCUGAAGGAGAUGAUUGAAUUAAGACAGGGGAUUAAGAAGGUUGAGAAAGCCAAGCGCAAGCGAGAUGGGCUAAAGGGUGUUGCGGGCCAAAUCUCUACUUAA